AUGAAAAGCACAGAGAAGCGCUUUCUUUUAUUUGCCCAGUAUUUCUCCGUCAACGUACCACUUCGCGAGGGAAUCGAUGAUUUAAGCUACAAGAUGCUGUUCACGUCGGUGAUGGAUCAAGUGAUGGCUAACUACGAUCCGGAGGUCAUUGUCCUGCAAUGCGGCGCCGACAGUUUAGGCGGUGAUCGACUCGGAUGCUUCAGCUUAUCUUUUGAUGGCCAUGCGGACUGUGUCGCCUACAUGAAGAAAUUCGGUGUGCCGAUGAUGGUCCUUGGUGGUGGCGGCUACACCCUUCGAAAUGUGGCCAGGUGCUGGGCGAACGAGACGGGCGUUCUUCUUGGCGAGCGACUACAAGAUGACAUCCCGGAAAAUACAGAAUAUCUUCGUUUCUUUGGGCCCGAGUUCACGCUGAGGCCGAAGCUGAUACCAAGGCACGAGAAUGCAAAUACGCGAGAGUAUCUCAACUCGAUUCAAGAGGACAUUUGCGAGACGUUGAAGCAAGUCAAAGGAGCUCCCUCGGUGCAAAUGCAAGCGAUCCCCGUCGAUUUCUUUCAGGAAACCGACUACACGCUAAAGGACCUCGACUUGCAAUCGAUGGAUUUAGAAGAAACUCGUGAUCGCGCG